CUUUUCUCUGUCCUCGCUGCAACACAACACGACACGACAUGCGCUGCCUGCUGGUAUAUAUAUUGUCUGCUUCAGACACCAAAUGUCGUCGUCUGUGACUCUGACGAUCAGUGUUUGCCCUUAUCCUUGCUCUCCAUCCUCUCUUCCUCCUCCAUAAUCUCCUGGUCCUCCGUCCUGACCGUCAGUCUCAUCUCUCACAAGUCUCCGCGCUUGGCCACCUCUCUUCCAAUAGCCUCGCUAUGACUCUCAGACGACACGAACGCAUCCAUGGCGAUCACGAAAUUGAUAUUUUUCCUGCGCCUAGGGACAAUGUGCAGCCCGACUUGACUUCUCCUAUGCGAGCAAACACAUCUCACCAAUUGCGGAACAACCCUCCUCAGAACCCUCCCCCCUCCUCCGACCUGAGACCCUUCAAUCCUCUCCACCCUAUAUUUACCGACUUUGGGCCUCAAUCACUCACAAACUACUUGCGAUCUCAAGUCUCGAGUUCAAAAUCAGAGGCUGCCCCAUCUUUGAGUCACCGCCCAGAUCAACAAAUCUAUUCUUCAGCCUUCUCUUCGUCUGAUGGACCACGCACCUUUAUUCACGGGGCAAGCCUGCCUCUCAGCAAUACAUCAAAUAACAGAACCGUGAUCUGUGAAUACAUGCAGGCUACGUCUAGUCUUUCAAGUCCUGUACGGAGAUCGAGUCGACUUCGGGAGAAGUACAGACGUGUCAAAGAGCCAACUGCAAACCCCUCCACGCUCGACUUCUCUCGCUCUUCCGGCAGUUCGGAUGUGAUCUCAGAUACAGAAAUCGUCAGUCCUGGUCCUUCAGAGCGAUCAAACUUUGAGCAAUAUACUAGGAGUAGGAGAAAAGUUGGAAGGGUUGUCAAUACAGCGCUAGAGGGGCUUUCGUCCUCCCGCGACCCAAUCGCAGGUAUCAACGAGCUCCACCGACCUAGAAAAGAGCCUUCCAAAAGAAUCCCCCACCAACAUGUGCACCCUCCUAACGACGUCCCAGACGAGGAUUCGCCCAGUCAUGACCAUGGCGUUCAACCCUCGAGCUCAUUGAUCCAGGCGAACCUAACCACUUUGAUCAACGACCUAGACCAACCUUGUUCAAAUAAUCCUCAAGAGGAGGUUUUGCACCAGGACUUAGGAUCACCUGCGUUGUCAGAUACCUCUCUGCACAGUGCUGAACAACCAGACAGCCAGGGCCAUGAACUCAAACCCACCCAUGCUCCGGAACUCAUCUUUCCAUAUCCUUAUCACCAUAUUGUCCCUGAACUUUUCCCCAGGUCGAUUCUGACAAGUUUCCUCUCCGACCCACGAACAGUCCAAACAGGCCCUUCCGCCAAGUUCACAGAAAACAGUCCGGGCGAUGAUGCGAGAAACAACGCUCCAUGGCGCAAGAAAUCACUGCCGCUGUUCCCUCGGUCCCUGCCCCCGAGCUCCACUAUCGCACCAACUCAAUUCCACCUUUCAGUCCUCUCCGGUGACCCCAGUGAUUACCAUGACAGACCUGCACGUAUCAUGCUGGAUGCAUUCAGUACGGAUUUGUGGAUAGUUGUGGCCAGUUAUCUGUGUACGAAUGAUAUAAAAAACCUGCGCCUGACAUGCAAAUCCAUUGCAACAUCUCUUGCCGAGGUUCAGUUGAGGAACGUCGUGGUGAACUUCGGCGAAUCUUUCUUUAGGGGUGCCAGAACCUCCCAUGAUACCAAAGACGCCGUGCUUCCCCCCGACUCCAUGUUCCACACCCAUGGUCACAAUUUCAACCAGUUCGGAAUAGCUUUCGAAUAUGAUCUCCAUGGAUUGGCGCAUGCACACCCGAAGAUCAUUGAAAGGGAACAAGAUGCAUGGUUUGGCAAGUUUACUUGGCCUACCAAGGAGUAUCCUAGAUUUUCAGCUUUGCAAGCGACGGAAGAUCUGGUUGAUAACAACAGCCCUUUACUCAAGGAAGCCUUCAAGUACAUUACUAAAGCGUCAGAACUCGGUCUGUGCAUUACAAGUGGCCAUGGAUGGUUAGAAGGUCCUGAUAUCUCCGAUUUGGCUCUCCUUAAUCAAAGAGCUAGCAAAGGCAGCAGAAUCUUUGGCAAAACUUUCCAAGGGGAAGAUAUCUGGCAUACCUUUGGGCGCAAUGAAUACUUCAAAUGGGCCCAGCAGAAUACCCUCAACGCUGUCACCCGGCAUUUGCUUGACACAGCCUCACCACCCAAACAGGUAGCCACAGAGGAGCUUCGGUUUAUCGACAACUUUGUCAUCCGUGAAAUGGACAGCUUCACGGUCCAACACGAUCAGCCCGAUUUCGAUAUCACUGCGCAUGUGGGCGGAGCUCCAAGCAAUCAACAAAACAACCCAGCCCACUUUAUUCCGCCCGUCAACAAUCAGCAAGGCCACGCGAAUGCGGUUUUGUCCCUCCAGACACUGGCUCGGAAUGCCCAAUUUCCCCGUACUCGUGGCAGAACCGCUCGUUCCACACGACCCAGCGAUGAAGUACAGACUGGACAGUGGCCUCUGAUAUUCAACGGGUUCAACGUGGCUGCCGAAGUUGGGGGACUCUCUGGCUUUGUACAAUCCCAGACUGGGAACCCCAAAUCCUCUCAACUGAGACCAGGCUCACUCACAGAAGCACAAGCGCAGUGGCUGAUGGAGACUCUUUGGGCUCAACGCGCCUUUUUGUCGGCAUAUACCACAGCCAUCAUCACCAAUAGACCUAAUUUUGCAAAUAUUCAUACAUUUCGGAUUAGUAAGCUGUCGUCCGGUUUGCUUCCCUCCCUUGAGCAAAACGAAUUCUGGUCCAGCCUUCCUGGGUUGAGAAAGUUGGAAAUUCUCAUCAGUCCUGAUUGGCGACAGGAACACACCACGGGUGACAGGGCUUUCCAAAAGAGCAUGGCAAUACCUCCGCACAAAGCCGCUCAGAGGUUUACCGAGUUUCUACGAUCAUUUGUCGUGCCUCUGGAACGUCUCCAUAGUCUCACCGUCGGGUAUUCCGAUGGAGGCGAGCAUGCUGUUGGGAUGUUUGCACGAAAUCAGCAUGUGUUGCCUGCGCCAAUUGUUGAGAAUCCGGCUGACUGGCUCACCACAACGCCGAGGCCCGGUAAAACGUCCAACAUCACCAAAUUCGACCACAUUCGGGAUCUGAACUUCGAGAAUUGCUGGCUAAGCCCCAGAAUGCUGAGAGAAUUCAUGCACCAAAGUUGCGACACGAGUUUGCACUCUCUGACGUUGGAUUCGGUCAGCUUACUGACAUCUCACGAUCCCAGCAUCGAUCAGCCACAAACCACAAUUUUCAACAAUUUGCAAUGUCAAUAUCCCCGUGACAUGUGGGCGAGGGAGAUCAUACCGACUGGGGCUACGUGGACUCAAACUCUCGACGCCAUUACCCCUGGGGUUACUUUGAUUGAACACAAGUACAAGAUGGGUUUAAUUGAUGAGAAGAUUCAGCCAAAGGAGGAGAGAUCUUUUCGGGGCCAUGUACAGCAGAUUCAUCUCAACAGCUGUGGCUACGUCAAGAUCACAUUGCCCUCGAACAUCAAAGCCACGACUUUCCAUCAAUUGUCUGCUGUGACCCAUGCUAUUCCUCCAAGCGACUCUGGGAUUAAGUACCGCAAAGACUAUUUCUUCGCUGGCAGAGCGUUGGGCUCGGGCUUGACGGAUAGUAUUUGGAGAUUUGAGGACGAGCCUCGAAGUGCGGCCAAUGUAUCUCGAUGGACCAACGAAAUUGACUCAGAGAAUGCGUCAUUCAUGAUGAGUAAGUUGGGACCCAAGGGUGUCCCCUACCCAUGGCUGGGUACACUCACCCAAUGCGUGCACCCCAUUGAGCAGCGUGUUCUGGAGGAGGCAUGGGGCAUCAAAUUUGGUUGGGGCGACACACUGGACCGAUGGGCAGCUGUGGAGGACGGAUUCUAUGAAGGCGGGACUGGUCGUUUCAGUGGGACACUCCAGAGGUAGUCAUCUGUGCCGAGUUGUCUAGAAGUUUAGGAGCGAGCUGGCCGGUAUCGGGGGACUUGUAUGUUCUGCGCACUGGAUGACAGGACACGAUGGAUUGCACUUUUGGGGGGCUAAAGGCUCAUAGGGCUGAUGACUAGGAUGGCAUUAUUUUCAUCUUUCCAUGAUGGAUGGUGAUGCAACUUGAUGAUGGAAUGGCCAGACGUGUAAUCAUGUGUCAUGAAAAGUUUC